CUCCUUUUGCGUUUCGCCCCUCCGCUCUUCCCCUCGUUUUAACUCGUCCCUUCGUCCCCAACGCUCAACCUUGAGUGCCGAACCCUAUCCCAUCCUAUCCCGGCAUGAAUAACUACCAUAUCUACGAGGCGAUCGGGCGUGGAAAGCAUUCGGUGGUUUACAAAGGAAGAAAGAAGAAGACGAUCGAGUAUUAUGCGAUCAAGAGCGUGGAGAAGUCCCAGAGGUCGAAGAUACUUCAAGAAGUACGGAUGCUUCACUCGCUGAACCAUCCAAAUGUAUUGAGGUUUUAUUCUUGGUAUGAAACCUCUGCCCACUUGUGGCUGGUACUCGAAUAUUGCGUUGGUGGAGAUAUCUUGGCAUUAUUGAAGCAGGAUGGCCAGCUUCCUGAAAAUUCCAUUCAUGACUUAGCCUCUGACUUGGUGAAAGCUCUCCAGUUCUUGCAUUCGAAAGGAAUAAUUUAUUGCGAUCUAAAGCCAUCAAACAUUUUACUAGAUGAGUUUGGUUGUGUCAAGCUUUGUGAUUUUGGGUUGGCAAGGCGAUUAUGCGACAUAGAGAAAGGCUCUCUUGCAAUGCUGCCUCAAGCAAAGCGUGGAACUCCCUGUUAUAUGGCUCCUGAGUUGUUUCAGGAUGAUGGUGUCCACUCCUAUGCUUCUGAUUUGUGGGCACUGGGAUGUGUUUUAUAUGAAUGCUAUGCUGGAAGGCCUCCUUUCAUAAAAAAUGAGUUUACACAGUUAGUAAAGUCCAUCAUUUUGGAUCCUGCACCACCUCUCCCUGGGAACCCAUCCAGCUCAUUUGUGAAUCUCAUAAACUCAUUGUUAAUGAAAGAUCCAGCUGAAAGACUGGCAUGGCCUGAACUUUGUGAGCAUAGCUUUUGGAGAACAAAAUUCUCUUCUGUGUCUCUACCUCCUCAUCCUGCUUUUUCUAAUAUGCUUCAACUCUCUGUUAAGCCAUAUUUGUCAGAGAGAAAUGGCGAGAAAUCUUCUCAACAAAGGACACCUCAAAAGCGCCAAGAAAGUAAAAUGGUCAGAGGUUAUAAACAAGAUGAGAAUUCGAAUUCGGGUAAUAAGGCUUUUGAUACUUCACUUAAGAAUGCACAGAAUAGCAGAAAAAAUAGUACAAAACAUGGUGGGAAACUUGAAGCUGCAAAGGGCAUAAAUCUUGUUAGGUUGUCAAGGAUGGCCAAGUUGAAUUUACAGAGGGAAAAUGAGAAGCAAAACUACAGGCGUCCUCUGCUGGAAACAUGUGAGAAUAAUGCUGAAGUGAAAAUUGAGAAUAAUGACAUGGAACUCAAUUUUAGUGAGAAUCCUGAUGAUGACUUAUCUGAUGAUGCUGAUGGAUCUGAGAAUCCUUCUUGUAUACCUGUUGUAGAUUUACAAAGCCCAAAUAUUGAUGAAAAAAUUGAAGAGAUAGAGCAGAAUAUGAAUCAAUUAAAUGCUGCUGUUGACAAUUUUGUCGACAAUGGGCCUGAUGAUUCCAAGAAACCAGUGCAAGAAGCUUGUUCAGAACAGCUCGAAGUGGCUGCUACGCCACCUAACAGCAGCAACAGGAAAUUUCAGCAAGCAAAAGUAACUGCCGGAAGUGCAGCGGAUUUAGACUCGUCUAGCUCAUCUAAUACUUUAUUUGAAGCAUUUUGGCAUCCAUCAGAUCUCUCAGUAAAGCCAGUGAUGCCUAGUAGAAAAAGUGAUAAAGUUGCAGAUGCUGUUCUAAAUCUUCCUUUUGAAUCUGUUCCUGCAUGUGAUUAUGUUAAGCUACCGACAGAGAAAUUGAAUGCAAUUAAUAGUAUGAUUGUUCAUAUCUUAACUGGAACCUCUCAAGUUUCAGAGAAGCAGAAUACAAUCAGAUACUUGGAAAUUCUAAGUGGAAAUAGUGAUGCUGCAAAUAUCAUAAUCAAUGGACCAGUGAUGUUGUUGCUUGUGAAAAUUCUGCGGCUUUCGAAGGUGUCUGCUGUGCGUGUUCAGGUUGCUUCUGCAAUGGGUCUUUUGAUUCGGCAUUCAACAUUUAUUGAAACAGAACUGGCAAAUUCUGGAAUUAUAAAUUCACUGAUGGAUGGACUAAGGGACAAACAUGACAAAGUAAGAAGGUUUUCUAUGGCUGCUCUAGGAGAGCUGCUUUUCUACAUCUCUACUCAAAAUGAUCACAGUGCCAAGGAUAACAACAUUAGUGAGUCUCCAUCUAAGGAGAGCAGAUCUAUGUCUUGUUGGCAGGUUCCUAAUACUGUUAUUGCAUUGGUCUCAUCCAUCUUGCGGAAGGGAGAGGAUGAUGUUGCCCAACUUUAUGCUUUAAGAGCAAUUGAGAACAUAUGUAGUCAAGGAGGGGACUGGGCAUCUCGUUUUGCUAGUCAGGAUGUUAUAGGAAACCUCUGUUAUAUAUAUAAGGCUGCAGGGAAGCAGGAAAACACAAGGCUUAUUGCCGGAUCUUGUUUAGUUCGUCUUGCUCGUUUCUGCCCAUCAUGCAUACAGUAUGUGUUUGAUAAGUUGUCAUUCAAGGACACAGCAUCUGCAGUAAUCAAGGGCAACCCACGCGAGCAACAGAUUAGUCUAAAUCUUCUUAUUAUGUCAAUUUUAAGUAUGCCUAUGCUGACAAACAUGAACAGACAUUUACUUUCGUUGGCGGAAGAAAAACACAUGGUGCCUGGUCUUAUAUCACUUAUCGAGCAGGGGGCUGAAGCUUUACGUGGAAAAGCACUUCUAUUUGUAGGUCUUCUUUGUAAGAACAGCCGUAAAUGGCUUUCUCAGUUCCUUAGCAAUUUGAAGUUACUCUCUUUAGUUGAUAGAUUGGGGAAAGAGAAAGAUGGAUUCAUUCAGCAAUGUGUGGAAGCAUUUGUGCAUCUUGUUGCAACUAUAGUCCCAGGAAUCCUUGAUACUGUGUCUGGUGAUAUGCAACAGAUGAUGGGUGGUAAACGUCAUGGUCCUAUUGCUGCUUUGACUGGACGAACGAAUCCAAAGAGCAGCGCUCAUGUGCUUCCAGUUAUUCUUCAUCUUCUUGGAAGCUCUUCCUUUAAACACAGAGUGGUGAGCAGUCACGUCUUGCUCCAGUUAGCAAAUCUGAUCAAACUCCUACAGGUGCCCUUUCAGGGAAGAGAUGAUUUCCAGAUAACGUUACUUCAGGUACUUGAAUUAGUCAUAGAGGAGCCUUCCGUUAUUCUUGAUGACCCCAAGAUAUUUACGGGUCGGAUUCUUCCGGGCCUGGCCAUUAUCUAUAAUGGGAACAAAGAUGGAGAUGCCAGGUUUUUAUGCUUGAAAAUAUUGUUUGAUGUGAUGGUUGCUAUCUUUGAUGACGCUUCAUUAACUAAUGACCAGCAAACAAUUGAGGACUUAAAGUCAAUAUCUCAAACCUAUUUUCUUUCUCUUUACCCGACAUUGAUUGAAGAUGAAGAUCCAAUUCCUAUGUAUGCUCAAAAGCUUCUAGUGAUGCUUAUAGAAUUUGACUAUAUAAAAGUAUCAGAUAUUGUGCACCUGAAAGCAGUUACUCGGUGCUUUGAAUUUUUGCUUGGUGAUCUCUCUAAUGCAAAUGUGAAUGAUGUCAAGCUUUGUCUGGCAUUGACCUCUGCUCCUGAAAUGGAAACUAAACUGUUGUCUCAGCUACAUGUGGUAAGAAGAAUUGGAAAUCUUCUUGAAUUUGUGAAUGCAAAGGAAAUGGAGGAUUUUCUUGAACCAACCUUGGGACUUUGCAAAGCAUUCAUUUUACGUGGAAUUAGCAGCAACAAAGUUACAACUCUUUGCAAAGAACCAGCUCUAUUAUGCAAUAGUGCUUUCAACAUGAGUAUUGCCGUUGACCAACAGCACUGUGUCAAGGAUAUCUGUGACUUUGCCAGCAACCUCACCGUGUUCCUUGAUUUAUUCAGGUACCCUAAAACACAGAUCAUGGAUUUAUCAUCAGAGUGUGUGGUACUGUUACUUAGAGCAGCGCCUAGAGAAGCCACCAUGGGCAUUUUGACAAAUCUUCCAAAAAUUAGCAAUCUUUUGGAAUUCUUAAAUCAUAAUGCCUUUGGCUUACAGAUUCUUCGACUUUUGUAUUCCCUGGUCUUUUCUUGUAGGCAAUACCUUUCUCAGGCAAUGAUCCUAUCAAUACCAAUAACGGCAAUUUUGAGAAUAGAAACACUUCUUUCAUCUCUUAAGAGCUCAGGUAUUCCAGGAAUUUCAGAGGCUGCCAUGAAUUUGACCCUUGAGUUGCAACGACUCCCUCGUUCUCUAUGAGCUCUUUAUAUAUGCCUUGGUAAAGCCAUUCAUUCUGAAUAUUUUGUAUCAUGUUUCAUAUGCCGAUAGUUCCACUACUCAUGGUGGUGUAUGGGAUUCAGGGAUGUCCAGAGCCAAUUUGAUUUAAGAAUGGUCUCCCUUUUGCUUAAUAGACGUGAAGAUCAAAUGUUAUUUCAUGUGAGUUCAACAUGUUCACUGGAUUUACCAGAUAGGUUUAUGUUCUUCAUGUUGGUUGAUCUGGUGAUCUGUAAUUUUUCAUCCUGUAGAAUAUUUGUAUAUUUUUGGUCUCAUAAAUGACUAAUCACAUCAGUCUCAAAUUGUAAAAGAGGGAACCGAGCUUGUGUUAAACCCUAUGAUGACAGUUCACCUCAUCUCCUGCUUGCUUUCUGUAUUUUGCUUCAGUUUUUAAAUAAGUGUGUGGGUUUACAAGAAGCAA